AUGAAAUUACUCGUAGUUCUAAUUUUGGCCCAAAUCAUUCUUUCCCACUCUUUACCAACUCCAAGCCGUCAACCUGACUCUGAAAAGUCAUUGAUCCGUCGUAUUCGAUCAAAUGAGUCCAAUCCGCCACCAACAAAGGGUGGACGUAUCGUGAAAGUGUUCGGAUAUGCCAUACGUAUACCACCCAUUGUGGUUUCAGUGUUUACUUCGAUUAAAAACUUCUUUGUUGGCCCUUCAGGCGUCAUCACUAAGAUCAAGGACUUUUUGCAGGGCCAUAGUACGGUGUCGGCAAAUUUCUUUGGUAGAAAAAUCGACUUCCAAGCGAAUGUGCCACUGUCAAAGGAGGAUGUUGAAAAGUCGAUUAACUCGUUCCUACACAAAUUACGUACGGAUCCGAUGACCAGGGUUCUCUUCGUCAUGUAUCUGAAUGUCGUCGUGGUUAUCGUCGUUUUCCUGGCUCUCCUUGCUAAACAUACUCAAAUAUCGUUACAAUUGAUGCGACAGAAGAAAGGCCUGUCAAGUUCUCCAUCAGUACCCACAAAAACUCGUGCAAAAGGUGAAAAAACACCAAUUGUAGUUGGACAUCCCCCAGACACGCCGAAGCUGAACACCUCUAUUGAUUCCGACGGGCCAGUCCUACCAGAGACCACUAUGAGCGGUGAAAGGACGGAUGAUUGGGAUUCAAAGGCAAGCCCUACACUUGUAAAUGUAUCCAAGCCGGAAACAAGAUUGUCACAGCCUAUGAGGAGACUGAUCAAGGACUUAAGUGCACUAUCGGAAAGCUCAACCCAAGAUUCCGAUUCAACAGAUGGCAGCGACAUAACUAGGUACCCGUUCCCAAAUGAAAGUAAUAUAAAUUCGGGACUGGAAGCUCAGCCGUCUUCGGCGAGAACUUCAAACUACUUUACGGCCAUGUCAGCUCUGGAAACGACGGGACUAUCGUACGUAAAUGCGUCGCAGUUUAUACCAACUUUGCCCGAGUCGGAGCUAGACGCAGAGCUAGACGUUAGCGGUUCGGAUCCACCCCUUCCAGCACCUUAA